CCAAACAAGAGUGAUGGGAAUAGAGAAAUGACCAAAGAAAAUGUGCAAGUCAAAAGAAAAGAGGUUGAUAGUGGUCACGAAAUAAAAGAAUCCAACACCAAUCCAAAAAAACCUUUCUUGUGGAUUUUGUGUUGGAAAACUUGACUCAAAAGUGUAGGUGUUUGAAUGAUUUCUUAUAUUCAUUACCCGAAGAUGAAAAUGUGAUGAAGAUGAUCGGUGAUGUAAGAACCUUUAGUUAUGAAAUUGAAAGGGACAUCAUUAUCAAACGAGAAGAUGUCGAUCAACUUCUCACGGGAGCGUGGCUUAAUAUUUCAAUUUUGCAAGUUUUUAUGAUGGCUUUGAGUGAUUAUUCUCUCGAUACGGCCGAUGUGUUUCCCACUGGAUUCAUGUGUCCAGAGAUGAUUUCAGACACCUAUUUGCGUUGUGAUGCUGAUCGUGUCCUACUAUACAUGAGAAAUGCAAUGGAAAAACAAAAAAAAAAAAGCACUUCAUCUUAUGCCCAUACUAUGAAAAGAAUCAUUGGGUUCUUCUGGUAUUAUGCAUGACUAAGCGUGAAGUCUACAUCUUUGAUUCUAUGAGGCAAAAGCGAAAUUUGGCAAUUAAGUUUCCAAUGACAAAUGCUUUUCGAAAUUACAAGACACUAGGUGGACAAUCUAAGGGAAGUAAAUUGACAUGGCAUUUGGGACAGUGUCCUCAACAAUUAGGUGGACGUGAAUGUGGCUAUUACGUCACGCGUUAUAUGUUCGAAAUAAUGCAAUAUCAUCAUAAUAGUGAGGACCUUAUUACGGAUUUUUCAAGAUCUACACCGUACACAAAUGAGGAGAUAAACGAGGUUCGAGAUAUUUGGGCAGACUAUUUUGUAUGCAAUGUUGAACUUUAGAUCUACACUUACAAAACUCCAUUUACUUGUUAGACUCUUGUUCUAUUUGUUAGGAUUGACAUGAAUGUAUAUAUUUUGUUUACCAACAAUUUGGGUUGGUUUUGGUGGUUGUGUUGAAUGAUGACUAUAAUGUCAAUGGAAUUGAGUUGUAAAUUUAUUGGACAGGUUUUUGAUAUGCUGCCGUCAUUCCCAAUUUUAUGGGUAGGCCAAAUUACAAAGGAAACUCUGCCAAAAUUUAUAUUUGAAUUCUUUA